GAGAGCCAGAGAAAGCGAGAGAGAGCCACACGGAGAGAGCAAACAGGUAGCGAAACAGCUCACGAUAUAGUGAAGCUCAAGCCAGUAACAUCGGUUGGCAAGUGAGCGUCAACUUAUAAGCACGGAGCACAGAGGGCUUUUGGAAGCAAAUACGCAGGUGAAAAGCAACAGCACGCAGCUGCGUGUUCAGAGUUUGUGCAAUACUCAUUUGUAUUGUUCCUGGAGAAUACUCCGAUCAUUACACGGGGUUCAAGCUCGGCCACAUCACAAGAUUUCGUUGCUCCGAAAACAAGACAAGGCGGCGCCUCAAACAAGCGAUGCCGACCCGGGUGCCCUUCCCCCCCGCUCUGAUGCUGCUCCCACUGCUGCUCGUCGCCGCAGCCGCAUCUCUCCUCGCGUCCGACACUCGCGACUCGCUACCCGAGACCGCCCGUCGCGUCCGCCCUCGGGGUGGCGGGGAGCCUCCGUCGCCGGCCAAGGCGAGGCCGAACGACUCGGCGGGCAGGCGGGCCGCUCUCGCGUCCACCAAGGACGCCCUGGCGUCCAGCCAGGAGGCGCUCAUCGUGACAGAGAAGAAGUACCUAAAGAGGGACUGGUGCAAGACGCACCCGCUCAAGCAGACGAUCGGCGAGGAGGGCUGCCUCGGACGCACCAUCAUCAACCGCUUCUGCUACGGCCAGUGCAACUCAUUCUACAUCCCGAGGCACGCGCGCAGAGAUCCGUCGGCCGCCGCCGCCGCUGCUGCGUCUUCAUCGUCGUCGUCCUCGUCGUCGUCGUCGCUGUCGUUCAAGUCGUGCUCGUUCUGCAAGCCUCACCGCUACACCACCCUCACCGUGACGCUCACCUGCCCCGAGCAGCAGCCGCCCGUGCGGCGCAAGAGGGUGCAGCGUGUAAAGCAGUGCAGAUGCAUCUCGGUGCAGGUGAACGACUGAGAGAGGCGGUGGUGGCGGUGGUGGUGGUGGUGGUUGUGAGGGCAGCGGUGGUAAUAUUCGUGGCAAUGCGACAGGGGGUAUGAACUAAACUAAUAGGGGUUUUCCCCUUUUUUCUGGCAACAAAACUGACACCUUUUGCAAGGAAUCAUGUUUACAUUAACCACAAUACUUGCAGUCAAAUGCAAACAAAAAACAAUACUCUGAUCAUUAAUGCAUUGUCUUUGAAACUGAUUGGUCCACACCAGAGACAGCUUUCUUUGGAGCCUCGUCUCAUACGGUGUUCGACCAGAUGACGCCAAAAGGCGCACAGUUCAAGACAACGCACUACCAGAGUAAUGAGAGCUCGGGGUGAGCAGCUACAUCAUGGGACCUCUUUUAGUAUAUUUUGGUACUGGCAAAAGAGGUCUCAUGAAAAAUGGGGUAUGAACUUUACCGAUGACAACAACAAUAACGACAACGACGCCACGGGGGGUAGCCAGCAGCAGCAGCAGUGGAGGUCGUUACAGAAGUAACCUCGUUAUCGGCGGUAACUCGGUUAACUUUGAGCAACAGAUGAAAUCCUGUCGUCACGGUUAACUUCGCUAGCGGAAGCAGCAGCAGCAGCAAUCGUAGCUGGAACAUCAUCAGUUCGCGGAGGUAGCUGUAAUCAUCAGUCACUUCUUCUUAUUCAGCAGCUGCAGCAGCACCACCAGCAGUGAUAACGGAAUACAGUUCAGCAGCUGGCGUAAUAACAUCGGCAACAUCAUCGCCGUCAUCGGCGGCGAUGAUAACCAUCAUAACAGCAGCAGCAGCAGCAGCAACUCCAUCAUCGCCUUCUUCAGAAUUAAUAGAAGCAAACUAUAUUAAUUAUCACGCGAACUGGCGUAUCACCUCUGCUCCGUAUGGGUUUUAUUUUAUUUACAAUCCACUGCCGCAUAAAGGGCUUCCACCCGCAGUGUCGCUCGUAGGAGUUGUUUGACCAUACUUCACCACGAUGAUCAGUUUGCUUGUUAGUGAAGUGUGUGUGUGUGUGAGUUGGGAUGUGGACGUGAACAAUGGGGUAAAGAGGGUGGGGGGGAGAUGGGCACUACUUUAUUUGGAAGCCACCAGAACGAACUUCACAUCGACUCGCAGGCCACGUGCUGCGUUCACGUUGUGCCGCCCAGGGACAGCUGCCACUGGGGGUGCCCUCUGUCGGGGAUAAAUUUCAUGGGAGGCCAAGGUAAGAAUAUUAAGUGGUGGUGGUGACGAUAAUGAUCAUCGUUAAUUCGUAAUAUUUAAGGCUGGCACAUCAGAUAUUUUAUCCACUCUGUUGUCAAAUGCAUUCAUUUUAUAUGUCCUUAGGACUGUAUAUACAGGCUUGUUUUCAUAUUUGUUGUGCAUGUCUUAUAUAAUUCCACUGUGUGGAAUUAUUUUUGUUAUAUUUGGUUCUAUAUUACAUGAUCCUUCUAUACGUGACUAUAUUUACGAUACAAUGUCAGGUCUCCCCAGGCCCUGUCAUAUUUCACCACGCUGGUCGCUACGGGUCGGUGAUGGUGUGCGAGGUUCAGGACUGGUUCAGAUCUCACUCACCGCUGAUGUUGGCUGUGGGAGGGAAUCGAUCUCGCUGCUAAUUAACUUUUUAUUUGUCCAUGAAAGCUUCACUUGGUGUCAAGAUUUUAAUUUUUUAGGAUUUUAGGAGAGCCCUUGCUCAAAAUCAGAAUAUGUAUUCAUACCGGAGGAAUCCAAUGAGCCAUGAAGCUCUUCUCCACAGGUGUCCAGUAGGGGCAGGUCAGAACAUAGCCACCAACGAUACAAAAACAUGACAGGAGUUCAGGACAUAGGAAAGGUAAAACAAAAAACUUAAAAACUAUACAAAUAAAAGUAAACUUUUUCUUGUUACCAGGUAAAGCCCACUGAGCUAUUAGCUUAUUUUUCAGAAGCGACCUGGCCGCAAAUGAUAGCUCCCAGAGAAAAAACUAAUCCACGCAGGGAUAUAUGCCAGAAUCCAAUGUUUUCCUGCCAUCUCGUGGACACCUUAAACGUGUGUACGUUGAACUUCUUUCGCGCCGUACGUAGCCAACCGCGCUAAUUAUAGGUGCCCGGGAGAAAGACACCAAACUGAAACACACGGAAAGAACUGUUCUAAAAAAAAUCGUUGUGUAAUCUACGUGUAAAAGUGUAUAGCGCCGGUAGCUUCUUAAUAUCACAAGGAAGAGCGUUCCAGACGGCCGCAGAAGCGCAUCUGAAAGCGCCACGCGAUGGCGGUGACCGUCUUCGUUCGAUGGCAGCAGCCAAAAUCCGCCUGCUGCGAGGAUGAGUGUCGCGUGAUGGUGUGAUGCUCCUUCACGAGAUCGGCGAGGUAUUACGACUCAUUUGUGGCAUGCAGUUUAAUACCGAGGUAAACCCUUGCAGUCCCAGCCUACAUACGUGUGCUAUUCCCCAGAAGCCCUCCGUCCAAGUACGAAUCUGGCUGAAACCUCCAAAGCUUCGGAGGAGAUCGGACGCACAUUCGUGGUGAUUUGGUCGUAGAAAUGCGCACCAGUCUCUCUGAAGGGCUGCUGCAGCCUGCGCCCCUUCGAUUGAAGAAGACAUUUCAAAACUGCACGCGAGCUCCCUACUGAAAGCCAUCUCGUCGCGCCCGUCAGAAUCUUAUCUUGUUCCCUGAGCACGUUGCCCAUCGUACGGCAAAGCAUAGAAUGGCGUGGGCCGUGCAAAGCGCCUCGCGUUGGUGGCAG